AUGGUUAUGGUCCGUUCAGUCCAGCCCGGAGACCACUCGGACCUCCGUCCUGUAAUCCAGACAGCCCCAGUGUUUGCCAAACGUAUUGUGCAGGCUGAGUGGAAGCCGGUGAGUUAUGGCGGGCCUGGCACAUACGAGAACAUCUGUCACAGCCUGGAGACGUACGAGAGCAUGGGCUGUCCCCGAGCUAUGCGCCACCACGGCCUGUACUGCUACUGUCCCUUCACGGCUGGAAAGUUCCACUUCAAAAACCUGCCGGUCAACAUGCCCAAAGUUCACGGAUUUGCCGGGGCUCUUCUCAAUGGAGACUAUGAACUGGAGCUUCGGAUCCACGAGGAAGAAGGAGACGAGCUGGGCUGUUUACACAUCAAGUUCUCCAUGAAGAAGAGAAAUCGGGGCUGGUUGUUUAAGAUCUGACGCCAGAAGAAAGCGAGACAGCGACAGAAAAACGGCAAAAACACCGCUGAGAAAACGGAGAAGAAAAAGAGAGACAAAGUGCGGUGUGCGAAACGAAAUAAAGACAGGAAGCAGAAGCGAAAGCGGAAGAAGGAGUUACAGAGUGAAAGUGAAAGUAAAAGUAACAGUGAAAGUAGUGAAAGUGCAAUAGUUUCAAGGGAACACUUUGGAAAUUUCACAUUGACUGGUAGCAGAAAUGCCACUGUUCUGACGCCUGAGCGUUUGAAAGAUGUCGCUCGCAAACUACGGAAAGAGAAAAGGAGGAGGAGGAGGCGGAGAAAGAAAAGGCGAAAGCGAAAAGGGCGGAAAAA